AAGUAAACGUGCGUAAAUCUCUGACUCUUCCGUAUACCGAAUAUUGAGGGAAACUGUUUUCACAAUCAGACAAAGAACACAAUUUGGACCGCAAUUCACCGCUGAGGUUCCUUGUCAUGGGCUGAGCUAAAGACCAGUACUACUGUAGCACUGAGCCAGCACUCGUAAGGAUUUAACCAGACCUGAACCACGUUUACACCACCCCACCAAAGCUAAGCGACGCCUCUAAAGUUCUCGUCACACCCCUCCAUCAACACCUACACUUACAACCCGUCAAGUCUCCAACCAACGCAACUCAAGCAUUUGAUCUUCUUCCAACCUCAACCCCUUUGUUUCCGAUCUUUAGUCCUGCGCACAUAGCCUUCAACAUGUCUUGGCAAGGUAAGGGACAGAACACUUGAUUACCCCUCCUUCACCGAACCUGCGCUGACGUGCUUGUGCUUGCCCACAACAGCAUAUAUUGAUUCUAGGUACGGGCAUCGGCAUCGGCAUCUGCAUCUCGAGGCUAUCCGCACGAACCUCUGAAGCUGAUAUCUUGGUAGCUUAAUAGGCAGUGGUCAUGUCGACAAGGGAGCGAUCAUCAGCGCUGCUGGUGACAGUGUCUGGGCCACCAGCCCCGACUUUACUGUAUGCCUUCUCUACUCUGCCCCACCCACCAUCCACGAUGGCACGAAAUCUUGACUCCCGUCAACAUCACACGCGAAAAGAGAUACGAGCUGUAGAGGACACGUUAUGGGCUAGGCUGACUUGAUGGAUAGGUCUCUCCUGAGGAGAUGAAGGAAGUUGUUGCGGGCUUGAGCGGAAAAACCGACAACCUAUAUGCCAACGGACUACACAUUGCAGGUCAAAGAUACGUCCUCACCAAAGCAGAAGACCGAAGUUUGUAUGCCAGAAAGGUGGGUUGAAGUUUCUUUCUUGUGUUGAUUUCCAUGAUUUCAGGCAGAGGGGAUUGCUAAUAUCAGGAUAAAAUCAGGGUAGAGAAGGAGUCGUCAUUGUCAAAUCCACACAAGCCAUCCUCGUUGCACACUACGGAGAGGCUAUGAUUGCCGGAAACGCCGCAACCACCGUUGAACAACUCGCAGACUAUCUCAUUAGCACAGGAUAUUAAGCCAAGGCAAACAGUACUCGGCUUGGUGAUUUGGGAGGCGAAACUUCAUGUUUCUGGGAGGAGAUGUGCGUGAACGUAUGAAGGGAAACUUCUUUGGUAGUGAGGUGGCAGGGCGGAUAUCAGAAUGGUAUCUGUUUUCUUGUGGUUGUGAAAAACAUCUGCUGGUGGAUAGCCUUGAGAAGGGGCGGGGGGAGCUAUGGGAGAAGAAAUAAGCCUUUACAUAGGGUCGAUGAAUUGAUGAACUCUUUCGUACCGAGA